CAGUCCCUGCGCUGUUGCAGUUGGAAGAAGGGUUCGCAGAGGAAAGUACCAAAAUUUUAAGUCAAACGCCUUCAUUAUACCAUUUCCAUACACCCACCUGCUGCGUUAUAUCUUCCCUGUUCACUGCGUCUGUGCGUCAAGCUCUCUCUCUCUCUCUCUCUGUCUCUCUCUCUAAUCUUUCAAAAGGAUCAAUGGCUAACAGUAAUCUACCCCGAAGAAUUAUUAAGGAAACCCAGCGGCUCCUCAGUGAACCAGCUCCUGGAAUAAGUGCCUCUCCUUCUGAGGACAACAUGAGAUAUUUUAAUGUUAUGAUUCUUGGUCCAGCUCAAUCUCCUUACGAAGGUGGAGUUUUCAAGUUAGAAUUGUUUCUAUCUGAAGAGUACCCAAUGGCAGCUCCCAAGGUUCGGUUCCUGACCAAAAUAUAUCAUCCUAAUAUUGAUAAGCUUGGACGGAUAUGCCUUGAUAUUCUUAAAGACAAAUGGAGUCCAGCCCUCCAAAUCCGAACAGUAUUGCUGAGCAUCCAAGCUCUUUUAAGUGCUCCAAACCCUGAUGAUCCCCUUUCCGAGAACAUUGCAAAGCAUUGGAAGACAAAUGAAACUGAAGCUGUUGAGACAGCGAAGGAAUGGACUCGUUUAUAUGCAACCGGAGCUUGAUUUUGCUUGGAAGAUCGAUUUCUGAAGUGUAUGUUAAAACUAUAACAUGAAGGAUAUGACUUGUGAAUUGAUCUAUGAUAGUAGAAAACUUCAAAGAAGCCAUCUUCAGGAUAAAGGAAAGAUGAAUAUUGUGAAGGAGGUCAUCAUCUGAUAGUCAUCUUAAUAAAACUACAACGGACUUGGGGAAAAAA